AUGUUCGGCGGUCCUCACGAUCAGCAACUCUCCGAGAAGGACAUCCGCGACGGAGAGGCGAAAGCCACGGUAGAAGUGCAGAUCUUCGCAGUCGCAUGCGCUGCGUUAUGGUUCUCACCACAUGUUGUCGAAUGGGCCCGAAAACUCUUCUGA